UAUAGAAAAAAUUAUGGAAACUAUUGCAUCUAGCGAGAAGUAUUUGAAAAAAGUUGACAGUAUCGAUUACAAGCUUAAUCGGUUGGACAUCGAAGUUCACGACAAAACAAAUGAUAUUUUAAAAUAUCUGGGUGAAAUAAUGAAAUCGAUUCGAGGACAAGGAACGGUGUUCAAGGCGGGGUCGAUGAUGGAUCACCUGAUAACGGAGGUGGGCGCCGUGAAGAAGAUGCUGAUGCUGCAGGGCACGCCGCGCGCCGCCGCCCCCGGCCCCUCUGUGGGGCGCACGGUGGACUCGGGGCUGGAGGAGCGGCUGUCGCAGCUGGAGGGCUCGGUGCGCACCGCCGCGGCCGGCAUCGACACCAUCAUGGCCACCAUCGCCGAGGUCAAGAACCGCCCCUACUCCUCCAAGGAUCAUAAAUCUGAGCCGAUGGCGGUCGACACUUCAAGCCUCAUCUCCGAAUUCCGAAGGACUUUGCUGGAGCAUAAAUCAGCUAAAAAAUGUGAUUGCAACUUUGCGCGCAGGACGUCAAGCCGCAUUGACAGGUCGGAGCGUUACCCACUGGACUGCUACGAGAUCCAGAUGCAGGGCUUCAACGUGUCCGGCAUCUUUAAGAUCCACCCCGACGGCACGGACCCCUUCUACGUGCUGUGCGACCUCUCCACCGCGGGCGGCGGCUGGACGGUGUUCCAAAACCGUUUCGACGGGUCUCAAGAUUUCUACAAAAGCUGGACCGACUACAAGUACGGGUUCGGAAACCUGGCGGGCGAGUUCUGGUUGGGGCUGGACAAGCUGCACUACCUCACCAACCAGAAGCUGUACGAGCUGCGCGUCGAGCUGGAGACGCAGAACGGGCACGAGGCCUACGCCGCCUACUCCGUGCUCACCAUCGGCCCCGAGUACGAGGGCUACCGGAUGAGCACUCUGGGCACGUAUUAUGGGACGGCUGGCGAUUCUCUAUCAUACCACGCCGGGCAGAAGUUCUCGGCUAUGGAUAUGGACCACGACGAGUGGAAGGACGGCUCGUGCGCGGUCGAGCACGGCGGAGCCUGGUGGUACAAGGAAUGCGACAAGAGUAACCUAAACGGAUUAUACGUGAACUCGGACGAGCGGCGCGCGCACACCAUCUACUGGAUCUCGUUCAAGGGCCCCAGCCUGCCGAUCACGCGCACCAAGAUGAUGAUCCGCCCGCUGCCCGCGCGCCGCCCCGUCGACUACCCCGAUCAAAUGCGGCAUAUGACGGAGAUGCGCAGCGACGUGCAGGGUCACGUGAAGCCCUUGCACGGCAAAGCCGUGAAGAGCAAGGCGCGCCGCCCCGACUACCGCCUCGGCCAGCCCACCGGCGGCGACAACUUUUACACCGGCUACACGUAGCGCCCAGGUCCACCCCGGCCUCUCACUAAAACACUCAUCUAUACUUUUAGACGGCCGCUUCUCCUAGGCUGGAAACAGUGCUCGACCGGUGGUCUAUGCGUAUCAUACGCGCCGAUCGCACGCGCUGGUGAUCAGUCGUGAUCAAGCGUUUAGAUGCGACCGACGGCCGACGCGGACGGUACGAUGCGUACGCUAGUUAAAUUGUACGUUAUCCGUCGCUUAGAUCAGCGUCGCAUUGAACGCACGUAAGGUACAACUUCGACGCACGUCAGUCAACCGACGAGCUCUACCGAUGGUCACCGUACGCGCGUAACAGUAAAUCAGCGCUGUACUGUAAUUCUUCAUACAUUUUCAAUUUUUCAUUGAUAGAAUAUAACUACGGCAAGCACUGUUUCUAGCCUAAACCUACACGCCAAGACAUAGAGCCCGCCUGGCGGACAUACAUUGCAUCCUCACCUCAGCCGGUUGCUAUUUUGCUUCCAAUUUUAUCACUUAUCCACGAUGAGACAUCUGUCACUCUCACACUGACAUAGUUGCAAAAGCGUGACAGAUACUUUAUCCCAUCUUUAUCCACACAAGUGAUAAAAUUGGAAGCCUAAUACGCCGGCAGGGCUGACACUAACAGAAAGGUUUCAAAUGAAAAUACCUACUUCUGAUUAUUCUGAAUGUAAAUACUUCUGUUCUGAUUAUUAUGUAUGUCGUCGAAAAGUAGGUACGCACAGUUGAUUAUUAUAUUUUAUUAGUUCGCCUUAUAUUUUUAUUUACUUCACCUAAUGCGAUUAGGAAAUAAAAAUUAUUAUCAGUCAGUUACGUUGUAUAAUACACAGGUAUACCUAAGUUAGGUUUACGAAUAUUUAGUAACUACAGGUGCACACUUUAUUUCAACAGCACUCAUAGGAUGAUUUGUGAAAAAUUUGGAGGAAAAUACACCAAGAAAUUCAGUAUUCAGUACCGACCUAACAGCAUUCUAAUUUCUAAGCUACAUUUCUCAGAAGAAUACAUUAAAUCAGUAAUCAUUAUACAUAACUGCACUACAACUGCAUGGAAGCAAAACGUAACAAGUAGCUUUGAACAGUUACGGUAAUUAGUACGAUUGUGCACAAAAAAUAACGUCGCAACUUUUAUUACAAAAGGAUCCAUUUGAAGUUUUCGACCCGGGGUUUUUUCCAACUGACUUGAGCACCGAUGUAAGACUGAUUUUUCUGUGUUAUUUCGUGUGUGCAAUAUUAAUAAAUGUUGAUGAAUUAGC